AUGAUUGGCUGGCGACUGGUCCCCGCCCUCCUUUGCGCCCCGCUCGCCCUCCUCCUCUACUUCCUCUCCGCCUUCCUCUCCCUCCUCGUCCGCCAGGCCCGCUCCCCGCUCCGCCACCUCCCCGGCCCGUCCUCGCCCUCCUUCUUCCUCGGCAACCUGCGCGAGAUGCACGACCAGGAGAACAACAACCUCGUCGCCCGCUGGACCGCCGCCUUUGGCUCCACGUUCGUCUACCGCGGCUUCCUCGGUGGCCGCAGGCUCAUGACGGUCGACCCCCUCGCAGUCAACCACAUCAUGAGCCGCGGCUACGACUACCCCAAGCCCGACUUCGUCCGCGACUCCCUCGCCAGCAUGACCGGUGGAUACGAGGGGCUCUUGACUGCAGACGGUGACAUGCACAGAAAACAGAACCCCGCAUUUUCCGCUGCGCAAAUCAAGUCCAUGACACCCGUAUUCUGGGACAAGGCAACCAGGCUCCGGGACGUCUGGCUCGAAAUCGUAACAUCACAGCAGUCUUUCACGCCCGCCGACCCGCUCACUCUGCACGAGCCCGUCGCAGACGCACGGAAACGGGAUCCUGAGCCAGCCACGGCCCCAGUUCUCAGCCCGUCCGCGCUCACCACAUCCUUCCUGCCCAACCCCUUCUCCUCGUUUGUGCCGUCCAAAGCCUCGCCGACACUGCCCUCCUCAUACCGUUCCCGCCGGAAUCGCAGAAGAGGCGAGUCAACAGCGUCCUCGCCGUUGAGCCCAAAUGGCGCGGCGUCUCCGCUUGACGAUCCCGAGGAGAAAGAGCAGGAGAAAGCUCGGAUACCGGAAGACGGGAUCAGGACAUCAAGCCGCAUCGACGUCUUGCCGUGGCUCGCCCGCGCGACGCUGGACGUCAUCGGCGAGGCUGGGUUUGGGUACCACUUUGGCGCGCUGGAGAGCGCAGCGGAGCGGCGCGGGGACGAGAGCGAGCUUGCGCGCGCAUAUGGUGUCAUCUUCGGCACCGCGCGCAAGUUUAGGGUCAUGACCAUCUUGCAGGUCUGGUUUCCCUUCCUCAGGCAUUUCCGGAGAGAAAACUCGGCGACGCAACAGGCCACGGAGGUGACGCGGAAGAUUGGGCUCGAGCUCAUCGAGCAGCGUCGUUCCGCCAUUGCGGCGGAGGAGUUGUCGGAGAAGGCGGAUGCGAUUGAAGGAGACAAGACGGCGCUUGAUCGGGAUUUGCUCAGCGUCCUCAUCCGUUCGAACAUCUCGCAAGAGCCUUCGAAACAGAUGUCGAUAAACGAGAUUCUCAACCAAAUCUCGACCUUCCUCGCCGCUGGGCACGAGACGAGCUCGUCGGCGCUGACAUGGAUGCUGUUUGCUCUCGGACGACAUCCGGAAGUGCAGAAGCGGUUACGGGAAGAGCUGCGCUCCGUCGACCUUCCUUCGCCCUUCUCGCCUUCCCCAGGCUCCCUCUCUGCCUCUACUUCCCCAUCAGUCUCACCCUCUACCCCUUCAUCAUCACACCCAUCCUCACCCUGUCUCUCAUCUGCAUUCUCCUCAACGCACCAUAUCCCAACGCCCACCCCUGAGCUCCUCGACCGUCUCGUGCACCUGCCGUACCUCGACGCCGUCGUCCGCGAGGGGCUCCGGUUGUAUGCGCCGAUCACGACGACAAUGCGCGUCGCGACCGCGCCUGACGCGGUACCGCUCGCAACGCCGAUCGUCGACGCCCGCGGGCGUGCGUGCACUUCAAUCGCGGUCGCGCCAGGCGACAUUAUCAGUGUGCCCAUCCAGGCGAUGAACACAUUGGGCAGCCGCGGGGAUGAGAGUGAGUUCAUGCCGGAGCGGUGGCUACGUGCCGGGGCGGACGCGGAGGGGGAGAGGAGGAAGGGCGUGCAGGGCCUGUGGGCGAACAUGCUGACGUUUGGUGGAGGGAACCCCGUAAACGGGAACCGGUCUUGCAUCGGGUACCGGUUCGCGCUUAGCGAGAUCAAGGUGUUCCUCUACGUGCUCGUGCGCGACUUGGAAUUCUCGGCGGACCCGGCGGUGGAGAUCGAGAAGAAAGUCAACGUCGUCACCCGGCCAUGCGUCAAGUCUGAACCCGAGCGCGGCAACCAGAUGCCGUUGUACGUGCGGCAAGCCUCCCCGCCGAGCGAGCGGACGCCCGCGCUCUGA